GUGAUUUCCGAGGUUUUGGCUGUCAUCUCCCACUUCACUUCCCUGCUCUCAUUUCGCCAAACACGAACCGUUUUCGCUUUCGCGCCGAACGUCAAGUUGAAGCCGGCUCUCCGUCUGCUGUCAUCCUCUUGGUCACCCCCGUCCGUCUGAUUUCCUCCCCUCUGCUGCUCCUUUCCCCUCACUCCCAGCUCCCCCUACUCCCACGCUGUUUAGUCCAAGCUCCUAACUAGCGUAACUACUGUUUACUUCCACUGCUCAGUAGACCCAGAAAAUUCUACUAUCGUACUGCCCUUUUUUCCGGUCUGACCCAGCAUCUGGAAGUGAUUUUUUGUUUGAAGGCAUCUUUCGACCUUUCGCGUUGGGCAUCUGGUCUUUCCAGCGCUGCUUUCUCUUUGUGGAAUCUGCAGCUAGUCACCUUGAGCACCUCAUCGCUGCAUCAGUCAGCCAUUUUCCGCCCUUAUAAGGAAAUGUUAUUGGGUUCCAGGACGCCUUCCAAGAAGUCUGGACUGUUAGAGCAGUACCAGCAGCAGCAGCAACAGCAGCAGCAGCAGCAACAGCAGCAGCAGCAGCAACAGCAGCAGUACCAGCAGCAGCAGCAACAGCAGCAGCAGCAACAGCAGCAGCAACAGCAGCAGCACCAGCAGCAGCAGCAGCGGCAUGAAAUAGCGCAGGAUCUGGCACCAUCAGCAGCUCAGGAGUUUACGUUCAACCAAGACCCCUCCGCUCAGCAACUCUCCAUCCUCAUCCCUAAAAAACGCUCUAAGGAUGCGCCCUCCCCCACCCCUAUCCGCGGCACGUCCGCUUCGUUCAAGCAACCAGUGGUAGCCGCAAAGAAUCGCACAUCGCCAGGCGUGCACGGAAAUGUAACACCGGGGAGCGUGGUAACCAGCAGCUCGAAAGCCCGUGACUCAAGCAUGGGUGCGAGUGCCGUUCCCUGCCGCGCGUCAGGAUCCGGUCAGGCAUCCCUGCCGCAACUCCCGCCGGGUUUCCGGUUCAAGCCCUUGGACGAGGAACUCGUGUCACAUUACCUCUACCCUCGCGUGCGCGUAUCGGACGACGGGAAGCGCGCGCUGACCGGUUUGACCCAGGAUGGGAGUGAUCUGGGGCCUGCUCCCGACUGCAGCUGGACUAACAUCAUCGCCAGCCUCGACGUCUUCGACUGCGAGCCAUGGGAGCUCCCGCCGUUCUGUCGCAUAGGCGACGGCGAGUGGUACUUCUUCGCCCGUCGCAGCCACAAGUACGGCCACUCGCGCCGCACCAACCGCUGCACCAACCGCGGCUACUGGAAAGCCACCGGCAACGACCGCACCUUGCCGCUCCCCCCCGCUACCCCCGCCGUCCCCGCCACAUCCGUCGCUACAGGCGGAGGGGAGAGGGAGGGAGAGGGUGGGAAGACGGCGGCGGGAGAGGCCUCCGCGCAACAACGUUCAGAGCAGGCGCAGGGGGAGGCGCAGGCGCAGGGUCAAGCGCAGGGGCAGGGGCAGGAGCAGGGGCAGGAGCAGUACUGCGUGCCGAUGGUGCGGCUAAGGGACGGUGUGAGCGUGGUGGGGAUGAAGAAGACGCUGGUUUUCUACGAGGGCCGGGCGCCACGCGGCAAGCGCAGCGACUGGGUCAUGCACGAGUACCGCCUGGAGCAGCGCAACAGCAACGCCAUGACGGCCAACGGCGGCGGUGGUGGAGUUAGCGGCGGCGGCGGCGGCGGCGGCGGCGGCGGGUCCGGCAUCGGCUCUGGAAGGAAACCCGUGGGCUCUCUGGUGCUGUGCCGUGUGUUCAACAAGGGCGUGCAGCAGCCCAAUCCGCUGCUCUCCGAUCCCGCCCCCGCCGACACUCCGCGCCCAGGCGCACCCACAGCGCCGCACCCCGCCCCCAACGCGCGCGCAAACCCCGCGCUUUUCCCCCCGCCUCCCGCUUACGCCGAAGGGGGCCCGGAUUACCGGCGUCCGGAGGGCGAGGGGGAGGACGGGCAGGAGAGUGACGAGGAGACGGCGGGGGAGGAUGGGGUGGAGGGUAGUGGGCUUGUAAGGAGGGGAGGAGUUGGAGUGAAGGUGGAAUGCGUCGCAGAUUCGGAGCAGGGGCAGCAGCAGCAGCAGGGACAGGACUUGUGGCCUUGGCUUAUGGGAGAGGCGUUCAAGUUGCCGUGGGAGGUGGAGGCAGCGGAUGAGGCAGCGGCUGCAACAACAACGGCGGGAGAUACCGUUACGGGAGCAGCCGCAGCAGCAGCAGCGGUGGUUGCAGGCGCAGAUGCAGGAGGGUAUACUCUAGACUCGUUGCUGCUGCACCAUUCAUCUGCCACCACUGCUGCUGCUGCUGUUGCUGCUGCUGCAGGUGACACAGCUGUGGCGGGUGCUGCAGUUGUUGCAGGCGCAGCAUAUGUUGGCUCUGGUGCACAAGCGUCGUGUGCUGCAGAGGAGCCGCCUUGUGCGGUGGACUCCCUGCUAGGGGGUCUCGCACUCGUUGACUCCGCCCCUUCUCCUGCUGCUGCUGCAACUGUGGCGCGCGGAGAGGGAGAGGGGGAGGGGGAGGGCGAUGACGGCACAGAGCUGACAAGAGGCGGCAGCAGCUGCGCCAGCGGGUCAAGCGGGGCAGGGUCAGAGGAGCGAGACGCUUCGUCCGCGGCUCUGCUGCUGCAUUGGGACAACGCUGCCAAGGGACCGGUUGUAUUCGCCGGCCAGUCUGCCCCUGUCCCUUCUUGUGCUGCUGCUGCUGCCACUCCCUCGUCUGCCGCCCCCUCUUUUGCUCCGCCUACUGCGGCUGGUCAGGCCACGGCUCCUGCCACUUCCGCGGAUGCUGCAUCUGCAUCCGCAGCAGCAGCAGCAGCAGCAGCAGUGCCUCUGCCACCUCCACUGAACAUCUUGGAGUCGCUGCCGAGUCUCAUGUUCGGGUCUGACGACAUAGGCAAGAUGCUGCAGGCAGCGGAUGGCACUACCAUGAACCCCUAUGAGGGCCUGGGGCUGGACACCGAUGGACUGUGGCUCGGCGGACCUCCCUCGUUUGAUGCUGGGAUGUUGACAUUGGCUCCCCCUGCUGCCGGUGCCGGUGCUGGUUCUGGUGCUGCCCCUGGUAGUGGUUCUGGUGGCGCUGGUGCUGGUGCUGGUGUUGCUGUGGGGGGUGGGUGGGAGCAGAGCGCCAGGGAUCCUGCUGUGGAUGCUGCGGUAGCGGCUGCAGCAGCUGCAGCUGCGGCGUCGGGGUUUGCGGUUGAGGAUGUGAUCAGGGGGUGGACAGAGGAGCUGGCGCGAAUGGUGGCGCAGGAAGCGCCGUCCAAGCGCCGCCGGUGCCAGGCUGCUGCUCUGGCUGCGGCUCUUGCUGGUCAAGGAACUGCGGCUGCUCUCAAAGGGAAAGGCAGGCUGGAGGCGGAGCAGGAGGAGGAGGAGGAUGACUCGGAAAGCGAGGAUGGGGUGGGGAGCGGGCAUGAUGCGUUUUUGGGAGGUAUGGGUGAGGAGAGUGAAGGGAGCGAUGGUUUGGAGAUGGAGCGAGGGCGGGGUGAGGUGGGAGGGGGUGGGAAGGCUGUUGGUGCGUCGAGCAGCAGCACAGGCAGCAGCUCGGAGGCGACAGUGGUGAAGAUGCAGCAGGCGAAUGCGAGGAGGCUGGCGGUGCUAGUGGCGCAGAAAUGUAACGUGACUUCGUCACACGAGAAGAGGACAAGCCCGAGGAUAAGUGCAGGAGAGCACGCGGGGGCUGGUGAGGAGAGUGAGGAGGAAUCAAGGGAGCCAGAUGUAGACUGCUCUGACAUGGCAUCUGCUGGGAUGGGUGCUCAGAUAGAGGAGGCUCCUUCCACGGAGGAUGCGUCGAAAAAUAAUAUCUGUGUCGCCCUUCGCCAGAUUGUGAGGCAGAAGGGCCGGCCCAUGUUUGCGGUGCCGCCGAAGGGCCGGCUCCAGUGAGGAUCUGCAUGGUUGUGUCUUGCCACCAGUGCUUUUUGCAUCUCGUAGGUUGAGCAUUUGGAAUGCUGGCUAAUUCGUUUGAUGCGUGUACAGAAAGUGACUGCUACUCUUCGUAGUUUCGGGGUCAUGGAAAUCGGAAUAACGUUUGUAGGUGAUUUGCUUUUACCACGUGGAAUGUAACAUUUUAUAAGUAAAGCCAUCUGUCUUGC